AUAAUGUUUUUCUUUUGUGAAACUUGAUAGUAUAUGGCAACAAGGAGAAUAACAUUUCUAAUUUUUUUUUUGGGGAAAUGGCUUGGAUCCUAAGCACAUGUGAACGUCGCGUUCCUAUUGGUCUAAAGCCUCCAUGGAAUAAAGAUGUCUUUGAGCUGACGAGAGGGAAAAAAAUUAAACAUUAUCAUAUAAUUAUUAAUUUAUAAAAAACUUUUGGACGAGCCCAAUGGGCGCUUUGGGGUUAUAUAAAGCAAGAGAAACUGCUCAGGCGUAGAAACCAGGAGUGACAAAAGCGAGUUCCAGAGUUCCUCGUUUCGAUCCUUUGAUUUUCGAUUUUCGCAUUUUAAUCCUGUUUGUUUGAUCUUCUUCUUCUUCUUCUUCUUGCUCUGUUUUCUGUUCGUCAUCCGUCUUUCAAAAGCUCACGGAUUCGGGUUUCUUCCCAAAACCUUGAUAGAGUCUUUCAGAGAGCCAGGUGAUCAGAACAGAAAUCUGGGUUCCUUUUUUUAUAUAUAGAUUUUGAUUUCGAGCUAAUCGACUAAGAGGGUGUGUUUUUAAUCCCUCUCUGUUGAUUUGCCCGGCAAAAAUUUCAUCUGGGUAUCUUCAAAAUCUUACCUUUUUUUUUCUUUGAUCUCACCUUGUUUCUUAGCUUUUUUGGUUUUGUCUGAUAAGCCACAGGUACACAUACACAUAUAUAUAUAUAUGCAUGGCGGCCAUUGAUAUGUUCAAUAGCAGCUCAAAUUUCUCAGAUCCUUUUAGAGAAGAACUCAUGAAAGCACUUGAACCUUUUAUGAAAAGCGCUUCUCCUUCUCCUCCCUUUUCUCCUCUUUCUCCUUCUUUCUCCCAACUUUCUUCCUACCCACAGCCAAAUUUUCCCGAACUUUCCUACCUGCCAAACACCAGUUUCUUCCCGAGCAUGGGUUUCUCCCAGACAGCACCUCUCGGCCUUAAUCAGCUCACCCCUUAUCAGAUCAACCAGAUCCAGAACCAACUCAACCAGAGACACGCCUUCGUCUCCAACCUCUCCCCAAAGCCUGUCCCCAUGAAGAAUUUCUCUUCUUGUUCGUUGAAAUCCCAGAAGCUCUACCGAGGCGUUAGGCAGAGGCACUGGGGCAAAUGGGUCGCCGAGAUCCGUUUGCCCAAGAACCGAACCCGUCUCUGGCUCGGAACAUUCGACACCGCAGAGGAAGCCGCCAUGGCCUACGACCAGGCCGCUUACAAGCUCCGAGGUGAGCUCGCUCGCCUUAACUUCCCUCACAUCAGGCACGACGAAAACGGCCUUGUCGGUAGCUUCAAGCCCCUCCACGCUUCGGUCGACGCCAAACUUGAAGCGAUCUGCCAGGGCUUGAGGAAAACAGAGGAACCAUGCUCUGUUUCGGAUGAGACCGAACUGAUUCAGCCCAAAACAGAGCAGGAGUCGGAGUUAUCGGACAAAACCGAAUCUGGGUUCCCGAGAUUCGAUGAACACUCGGUGUCCGACGAGUCUCAGGCCGGAUCUUCGUCGCCGGAGUCAGGGAUUACGUUCCUGGACUUCUCCGACUCUGGGUUUGACGAGAUCGGGAAUUUGGGAUUGGAGAAGUUUCCCUCGGUGGAGAUCGACUGGGAAGCGAUCAGCAAACUGUCCGAAUCCUAAGACCCUUCGCAGUAAUUUUCCAUCUGCAGGUCUAGUAAUAUCUCGAGUCCCUCCUGAUGUCGAUGUAAUAUGUCUCUGCAACAUAAAUUUUUAAAGCAGUUGCAGGGAAUCCAUGUCGAUGCUAUAUGUCUCGUCUUCUGGAUUAGGGUUUAGUGUCGUCUUACUUUUAUAGCAGUAAGAACAUGAACAAAAGUGUCGAUCUCCAAGUUUGGUCUGGCCGGUAAAUUUUUAGUCCUCGGCCGACAAAUCGGAGAUAUCUCAUGUGCCAUACGUUAUGUAUGAUGUUUCUUUCUAAAUCUACAGAGAUGUAAAUUUCAGAGUCUUGCUUAUGAUUCAGCAUGUUGAGUAUUAGUUAAUGAAUGUUAAUGAACAUCUAGGGCUUUUCAACAGCGGCGCUUGUAAUAAAUCAUCUGAUUAUGAUUUUA